UUGAGUCAGUCCUUGAGGAUUUGUGUCCAUCUGUAGAAGAGAUUAAAUAUAAGAUGUGUAUACCUUGCAGUUGUCCUGAGGAAUGUCAGCGCAUGCACGAUGUCAAAAAUUUCAACAAUGAUACAGUGUAUUGUGGUGAUUUUGAAAUAAGCAUCAGCCGCUACUGCAGAUUGUUGGGAGAUACCAGUGAGGAUGUUCCAGUUUCACCUUGUAGGCAAUUUCUCCAUAGCUGCCAUUUGAUGUUUGCAUAUGCCAGUGAAGUUGUUCCAGUAUCACUGUGUAUGCUAUUUGUCUACAGCUGCCUUUUGAUGUGUGCAUUUGUCUAUAGCUGUCUUGUGAUGGGUGCAUCUAGGGCAGGUCAUGGUGCUUCAUCUGAACAGAUAGCAAUUCAAGGAAAGAAAGCGAAGCAAUUCAAUGUUCUUAAAAGUGUUGUGUCGAAGUGGUAUGAUUCCAACAAUUGUCUUACUAUGUUAAAAGUGUUGUUCAGAGAUCAUGUGGACAAUGGCAAACUAUCAAGAAUAAUUAACACAAUGGACUUGCUGAAUGAAUUGGUUAAACGUGACCAUUUGCAUGUAAACAAUCUUGCUCUGCUGUGUGAUACCAUCAGCAUAACCAAACAUUUUGUUCUUCAACGGAAGAUUCAAGAAAUACUACCAUCAUUCCCAGAUGUUAAGGAAGGAACCAUUUCAGAAAAAUUCACAAUUCACAGACAAAAGCUAAUGAAAUGUGGGAUGGCUCUGACUCCACGCGAUGUGACAGAAAUCGAUGGAUUGUAUAAUAUCCCUCUUAAGCAUUAUACUGACAGCUGGAGUAUGAUCGCUGAUCUUGAAAACAGACUUGUAAUCAUCAAUGGAGAUAUGAAGGAUUUCAUUGAUAUAUUAAAAAAACUUGAAAACCAGUUUCCAUGGAAAGCACUGCGAGAUGAGCUACAAUCAAUUCAAUCUUCAAACUAACAAGUUUUAAGGAGAAACUUUAAUUUUUUUAUAUCUUAACAUUCCAUGUCAAGAGCUUGAAUCAUAAAAUUGAAGUAAAAUGACAGAUGAUUGCAUGUAUAUGUUGACAACAUUGCUGCAAAAACAAUCAGUUACGACGAAUCAAGUUGCCCUAAUAUGUCAACUGCUGGAAAAUUACUGUAGCUUGUAAGCUGAAACCAGAGGUAUAUUUUGCAGGUGCUUUGACUGAUUGGGAGCAGGUCAAAACGGCAAAAAACCAAAACGGCAACGACCAAAACGGCAAUAAACAGUACCAAAACGGCAAUAGACCAAAACGGCAAUAGGCAUAGACCAAAACGGCAAAGGUGCAAAAUCAAUGCCAAGAAUGAAACGCCACCGGGUGCGGGCAGCAGUUUAUAAUUUUCUGAAUCGUGUUUUGUUUUUUGUUAGUAUGUUUUUUUAUAUUAUAUUAAAGUGUUAUAUAUUAUUAUUUUUUUCCUCGUUUUUACACGUUCAUGGCAUAAUAUUGUUUAGCCUAAUUUUAUCUGUAUUUUAAGGUUGUAAUUAUUUAAAUGUACACUGCUUUUAUUACAGUUUUUUACUAUUGAAUUGUAUUGUAUGUUAUUAUUAUUGUUAUUAUUGUUGUUGUUAUUAUUAUAAAGCGUAAAUGGAUCAAGUCUUGUGAUUCUGUUGAUAAAACAGCUUUCAAGAAGCAAUGGGCAAAAUAUCACUCUGUUUUAACCAAUACAAAAACUGCCUACUUUCAAUCUCAAGUCGAGAAAUGUGGAAGUGACCAACGGCUGUUGUUUUCUUUAAUGAACACACUUCGCGGUAAAAGUAAAGGAACUCUCUUACCGUCCACA